AUGUUUACUUCUACCAUUUUGAAAAGUCUACAUUUGACAAAAGUUUGGAACAUCGAACCAGUUAAGUUUGCUAUUGUGACUAAAAAUGGUGCGAAAUUUGAAGACUUAGACAUUGACGGUAUGUUGACAGUCAAAGAAAAUUUUGACAGAAAGUUCUCAAAACUCGAAGAAGGCAAAGCAUACAAACUUGUUAUACCUUAUGAACCAAAGAAAGCAGACGACUAUGAAUAUUAUGAGUCUAAGAUAGUUGAAGUUCAAGGUAAAUUGGGUAAAAAGAUUUUAGAGUCUAAGCCAGUGUUUGCUCCUAAAGAGGAAGAGAACAUUGACAUUGACCCAGAAAUGUUCUAA